AUGCUGCCAUCCGACGACGAUGACUUCCUUAAGGAGACCAUUGACCCGAAGCUCGAUAUGAACUCGGUCGAGUUCAAUGCGACCGCCUUCUUGGCGGCCAAGCACGCGGAUACGAAGUACGCGGGUCUCGUCGCCGAGCUCGAGACGCUCAAACGGUCGACUUCCGACAAGACAGAACAGCUCAAAGCUCUCGUGGCAUCCCAUUUUGACCAAUACCUCUCCUGCCACGAAGCAAUUCGCGAGGUUUCCGAUGAGAUUCGAGCGCACGAGUCCGACAGCGAGCGCCUCACAACUGCAUUUCGAAGCCUCAAAUCGACCGCAGACAAGACGCUCUCGUUGAUGCUGCAGCGCUGCGAAGAGCAGCGCAAGACGCGCCACGCGCUUGCCGUCCUCGCGCGGUAUCGGUCGUUCUUUGAGAUCCCUUCUCGCAUGCGUGCGAGUUUGGCCAAGAAAGACUACGUCAAGCUCGUCGAAGACUUCGUCCAUUUAAAGGGACAUGCUGGAAAAGCCAGCAUGGCUCUUCUCAAGCCCGUACUGGACGCUGCGACCAAGACCGCGAUGACUGCCAACGACGAGCUUCUCCACGUCCUUGGCGAUCCAGACGCGGUCUACUGUGACCAAAAACAAGCCAUUUCCGUCGUCGACGCCCUCGGCAUCACGCCCAAGCCCAGUCUCCUCUGCGUCAAGACCCAGCUCGCAGACAUGGAACGCAUCCUCACCAGUCUCAGCGGCCCCGUGGUGCCAAUCGACGCGAAAGCGCGCGGCGUCAAGCCCAAGGAGACGCGAUCGGCGCCCGCCGCCGUUGUCGCCCGCUCGAGCGCCGAGAUCAUCGCCGACUGCGGGCGCCUCGUGCGACGUUUUGAGCGAGGGCUCUGGCCCGUCCUCUGCGACACGAUGGCCCUCUCGACGCUGAGCGCAACCGAGCAAGAGGCCCUGCACACGUCGGCCGCCGACGUCCUUGCGACGUGCGUCCGCCACUUGCGCGAGCAGACGCUCUACACGACGCAGGUCUCGGCCGAGAUGAUUGGGUCGCUGCACACCAUCUUCUUGGCCCUCGACAGUCUGCGGCCGUGCCCUGACUCGGUCCUCACCGCCAAACUCGAUGUGCUCAAGGUCACGUUCUGCGGCCAAGUCCGCUUAGAUGUCGUCCUUGCUUUCUUUGCUGCAGCGACACACACCGCCGAGGCGCGCUGGAGCACAUCUGUUGAGACACACGGUGCGGCGUGGGCGGCCGCAGCAGCGUCGCUGCAGGACACGAUGCACUCUGCAGACCGUGCCGACGUAUUGGAGGCUGCCGCAGCGGUUUUCGACAGCACGCUCUCCGAGUGGUGGCGUACGCUGCAGCCCGUGCUGACGCAAGCGAUCGAGACCAACCUGUCGCCUACGGACGCCGCGCACGAUGCGUUCUGCAUGGUGCUGCUGCAGAGCGUCGUCGCGCACGGGCAGACGCUACUCGCGCUCUUUGGUACCCUCUUGAGCGCGGAUGUCUUGGUGGAUGACGCGCCAUCGUCGCUGGCGAGUCUCGUGGUCGUCGCCAACUGCCUCGCGGUGCCGCGUCGCGCCGGCUUUGUUGGCUUUUUGAACGCGAUGAUGGAGAGCAAGGUCGACGUCCGCAGCCUCUCGCUAUCGAGUACGAUCCUCGAGUGUGGCAAGCGCUUCCACGAGAGCCGGGUGGCGCUGCUUAGUGCGACCCUCGACGACGAAGAGAGCUUCUAUGUGCCCGAGAGCAGCACCGAGGUGCGCCCGUACGUCUUCUCGGUGCUCUACCACCUCGUGACGUGGCGCAGUCACGUCGCGUACUGCAUCCCUUUGGAGACCGAGAGCCAUGUGGAAAGUCUCCUUUCUCAGUGCGCCGACCAGCUCCAGCACUUUCUCGCGGGCCGCGCCGAGGACGCCAACAGCUGCGCGUCCAGCGACGAGGCCCAAUGGCAGCGCACGCACCUCCAUGUCGAAGCCAGCUUCUUCAAGAAGACGCUCGCCGCUUUCGUGUCUAAAAAUGCGACGGCGUGGGACACACUGAUCAAGCGCCUCUCUGCGCACACGUCGAGCAAUGAGGUCGCGGACCUCUUGAGCCAAGUCGAGCUUCAGACGCAAAUGUACCGGCUGAGCUUGAUGAAGUAA